UAGUUAUUUUGGUCAUUUCUGGUCAGUUCUAGGAAUUUACAAGCAGCUUCCUUAUUUAUUGCGAGAUCAUUGCAUCAGUGACAAGCUACGAAAGAAGAGAUCUGUAAUGGCUGAAGAAGAAUUGUCGGCAAAAGCUGCUAACAUGGGCUUAGGGCACUAAAAGUGAUGUUGAACAGACUAGGAUACCCUCUCCUGAGAAAAGCACUGUCUUCUGUAUCAAUCCGUUUAGUUGCUUCACCAAUCAGAAAUAUCAGUCUCUUUAAGAAWCAUAGUCUAGUUAGGAACACAAUACAUUUACCAUUUGUAAACAAGACAGUUAAAAUGAGUGCAUCCUUUAUAGCAAACGGGCCAGUGAUAUUCACAUCUGAGAAAGGUGGGAAUGACGUGGAAGGUGAUGGUUCCUUUCAAAAGCCAUAUAAAACAGUUCUGAAGGCUUUGGGUGAUGCCGAUGGCAUGGAACCUACACCAGCCAUAAUGGUCGACAGCAAAGAUGAAAACGAGAGRUUUGAAAAGAUUGCUAAAGCUCAGUUGAAGAAAAUGACAAAGCUAUAUGCUGCAGAUAAAAGAAAAUCAGAAGAAAAAGAGCGAAAAGAGGAAGAGAAGGCCAAGCAAAGAGAGAAAAAUUUGGAAGAAGCCAAACAGAUUGUUAUUACACAAGACGCAAGUUUACCUGAAGCUAAAAGAAUCAAAAUAAGAGACACCAAAGCCAACCGUGACCAAAGAGUGAAGAUCUAUGGCUGGGUUCACAAACUAAGAAGACAAGGAAAAAACCUUAUGUUCAUUGAUCUCCGUGAUGGUUCUGGUUUUCUACAGUGCGUCUUGGCUGAUAAACUGUGCCAUACUUAUGAGGCAUUGCUGCUYGCGACUGAGUCGUCUGUCUGUCUUUAUGGUGUGGUCAAAGCACUACCAGAAGGAAAAACAGCUCCUGGUGGACAUGAAAUGUCAGUGGAUUACUGGGAACUAGUUGGUGCAUCUCCUGCUGGUGGYGUAGAAAAUCUUUCAUCAGAGGAGUCUGGUAUUGAUACUCAGCUGGACAACAGACACAUCAUGAUUAGAGGAGAAACACUGUCUCGGAUUUUACGCAUGCGUUCAGUAGUGACGCAAUGUUUUAGAGAGCAUUUUUUUGACCAACACUAUGUUGAGGUGACCCCUCCAUGCAUGGUCCAAACACAAGUAGAGGGAGGCUCUACUCUCUUCAAGUUUAACUACUUUGGUGAAGAUGCUUACCUGACCCAGUCCUCGCAGUUGUAUCUCGAGACAGCUAUCCCAUCUCUAGGAGAUGUGUUCUGCAUUGCAGAGUCGUUCAGAGCAGAACAGUCAAGGACAAGAAGGCAUUUGUCAGAGUAUACUCAUGUAGAAGCAGAAUGCCCUUUUAUCACAUUUGACGAUCUUCUAGACAGACUUGAAUAUUUGGUAUGUGAUGUUGUCGAUAGAGUCCUCAAGUCUCCCUAUGCAGACCUUCUUUAUGAAGUUAAUCCUGACUUUAAGCCACCCAAAAGACCAUUCAGGCGAAUGAACUACGCCGAUGCCAUUACAUAUCUAAAAGAACAUGAUAUCAAGAAAGAAGAUGGGACCUACUACGAGUUUGGAGAGGAUAUUCCAGAAAUGCCUGAGCGAAAAAUGACCGAUCAAAUCAAUGAGCCAAUCCUGCUCUGCCGAUUUCCACUGGAAAUCAAAUCAUUCUACAUGCAGAGGUGUCCAGAAGACAGACGACUUACUGAAUCUGUCGAUUUGUUGAUGCCUGGUGUUGGUGAAAUCAUCGGAGGAUCCAUGAGGAUGUGGGACUAUAACGAACUGAUGGAAGGCUAYAAGCGAGAGGGAAUUGACCCUACACCAUACUACUGGUUCUCUGACCAGCGUAAAUUCGGCACGUGUCCUCACGGUGGUUAUGGACUGGGACUAGAAAGGUUUCUCACGUGGUUGCUGAACAGACAUCAUAUACGUGACGUCACCAUUUACCCAMGAUUUGUUGGACGUUGCAGACCAUGAUUGACUACUGCCAACAGAAAAAAAUGUUAAAUCAUAAUAUAGAAUUUAAUGUCGUAGCAAUAGGCCUCGGAAGCUUUUACGCGACAUACCGACAAUGCAUUGUAGGAUAUGUUUUUUUUUUCUUUGUUUUUUUUUUUUUUGUUGUUGUUUUUUUUGUCCAAUUCUCCAGAAAGUGAUCCCAUAGUUCAUUGCAAAUCACGUAGGUGACGUAUAAAAGCUUUUGAGUACUGUUCUUGUUUGUUCUAAACUUGGAAGUAAAGCACUAUCUAACAAUAAUUGACGUUCAAAAAAAUGUCAGUCAUUUCUUCAUGCAUUUGCGGAGCCAGCAACGGGAAGUGCACUUUUGUGUCAAAAGACUACAUUUAUUUUGGAGCCCCGGUCAAAUGAGAAAUACUGGACCAAACAACACCACCAAAACUUAUCUGGUGGCCAUCAUUGUACGGUUUAGCCACCUUGUUAAUAGUAUUGGAUGAUUUUAGAUGGAGCGUCAAACAUGUUGAACGGAGUUUGAAGAGGUAUGGCCACCAGAUAUGGUUGAUGAUCCGACAAUUGUGUUUGGUGAUCAAGUACGUCUCAUUGGAAAGCUCAUGAAGCUGUUUACAAUAACAAUUGUGUAAUACAGAAAUAAUGGCACGUAUUGUAAUAAUGAAUAAAAGUAUUGUCAAGUAAUAGAAUGUAAGACGAAACYGAAUGUAUCGUGAAAGGUGGAAGUUUUAACUUUAACAGGUUGUCAUUGUUUUUUCAAUGAUACCAUUGACCAGGUGACUGUAUAUGGUAACUCGCGAUAGGUCGGGACCUGGAAAAUAGGGUCCAGUCACAACUUAUGUUAGCAAAAUGUAAAAAAAAAAUAKAAUUAGAAGGAUUUA